AUGGGGUUAGAAAACAUUGUUAUACCUUCGUUUGUUGAUAUAUUUCUAAUCAUACUCAUCGCGGAGACAUUCCUCGGGGCACUGACCAACGUGUUCAUAAUCUUGGUUAAUGUGCAAGCUUGGAUGAAAGGCCAGACUCUGAAUUCUUCUGACCACAUUGUAGUAGCUUUGGCCUUCUCAAACAUGGGUUUCUCAUGCGUGAAUGCUGCCACUACUAUUUUUAUUGUCUUUUUCAAAGAAAUCUUGUUUACGAACAACAGUAUUUUCUCCAUAAUUUAUUAUAUAAUGUCUUACACCAUCUUCUCCAGCUCCUGGCUCAACGCUUGGCUCUGCUUGUUUUUCUUCUUAAAAAUAAUAAGUUUUAAAGAUGGCUGUCUUUCAUGGCUCAAAAUGAAUAUUAGCAGUGUGGUUCCUUGGCUGAUACUGAUAUCUCAAAUAAUAUCUUUUGUUAGCUGCCUCCCUUUGAUAUGGACAAUAACAGAAGUAUAUGCUGAUAAUACCACCACUGUCCUUGCAACUAACCAAACGACAAAAUUAACUGGGUACCAAAUAAACACUCUUUAUAAUUUGUAUUCGCUGGUCAUCAACUGCAUUGUCCCAUUCUUGGUGGUGAUGGUCACAACAGGUCGAAUUAUUACUUCUCUCUGCUCACAUACACGCCAUAUGAAGGACAACAUGGGGGAAUCUGGUGGCCCCAGUCUGAAGGCCCAUCAAACAGCUGCACGGACUAUGACAUCCCUCCUCAUUCUUUAUCUAAUCUUCUAUGUGGUAGAGGUAGCUCUUGGAUAUCUUCCAAUGAUUAGUCCCUUAUAUUGGGUUUGUUUUAUUGCAAUGGCCUCGUUUUCCACAGUUGAAUCUAUACUUCUUAUCAUGGGGAACUCCAAACUGAAGCAGGCUUGCGAGGGCAUUCUGAAACAUUGUAGAAAGACUGGCUAG